AUGGGGCAGAGUGUUAGACAAACGACAGCAUGUUGUUGUAUAACAAUGCGAGUUGUAUUUUGCAGUAGUCCACGUAUAUAGUUUUUUUUUUUUUUUUUUUUGCGUUUUUAUUGCAUUGUAAUCCCCCGUACUUAUCUAUAUUCGUAGGAGGUCAUGUCUGUUAGCCGGUUAUCGUGAGCGAGGGCGACACUGAUUCACUGAAGACGUCUGACGUGACAGUUACCGGUGACGACAAAAAAACAACAAAAAAGACGAAAAACUGAAAUAAGACAUGACGUUACUCGCCAACUCCGGAUCUUCCGCUGGCAGCGCUGCCCUGUAGCUACACCGAGCUCUGAGCCGUGGUCGACCAGGUUCUCAGAGUAAUAUAAAGAUGCCAGCAGAUGGUAGUGAGGACCAAGGACUCCCAGCGCUGUCCAGCCUUGUCAGCUCUGCCUGCUUUUCUGGGACAGAGGUGGGGACAGAGCGUGGAUCUGAGUGUGAAGGCACCAACAGGGAUGAGUCUGCCAUCUUGGAACCGGGAUCCUUGGUGGAGCUUCCUCGGAGGCCCCAGUCCUUGGUUCAUAUUGAUCGUCAAAAGAUCCAGACAGUGUCGCGCGUGGCCCAGGCUACUGAGCUCCAGGACCUUGGCGUUGAUGUAUAUGAUCAGGAUGUGCUGGAGCGGGGCGUGCUUCAGCAGGUGGACCAUGCCAUACAGCAGGCCAGCCAGGCUGCAGCUAAGACUGAGGCCAAGAAGGAGUAUGAGUCUGUGCUGGAUGACCUUCGUUCCUGCACAGGUGCAUUAAAGCACAUUGAUAAAAUUAUAGAUCAACUUGCUCCAUAUGCUGCUACCAGCAAAGACAUCAACAGGAAAAUUGAAUCUGUCAAAAGGCAGAAAGAGAACAAGGAAAAGCAGUUAAAAAAGAUAAGAGCCAAACAGAAACGACUACAAGCCAUUCUUGGAGGAGAUGUUCAGAAGAUCGAAGCUGAAUUGCUGGAGGAUUAUGAUGAAGAGCCUGGCCCAUCCACCCUGGGCAGCAUGCUCAUGCCGGCACAGGAUACUGAGUGGGAGGAGUUAAUCCGUACAGGUCAGAUGACGCCCUUCGGCACCCGCAUCCCCCAACAGCCAAAGCACAAGGAACCCCGUAAGAUUAUGCUCAGUGAGAAUUCAGGCUUUGAUAAGUACCUGGCUGACCAAGCCAUGAUGGCCAUCAGCAGGAAGAAACGGGUGGCCAGGAGAAAGUCCAGGGCUCACGCCAACAGUGUUUCUGUGGGUAAAAGCAAACCAAAGGAGAACAACGAUUUCACCAGUAAGGACAGGAAGCUCCAGAAACGUAUGCGAAAGCUGCAGAGGAAUGCGCUCAGAGUUUGCCCCAAAGCUAAACCCGUCAAGGAACUGAUCGCUUCCAAGAAGAAGGUGCGGGGAGACUCUGACAGCGAAGGCUCAGAGUACAUCCCCAGUGAUGAGCUCAUGGACCCUGAUCAGCCAGAUCAAGAUGAUGACUUCUGGGUGGAUGAAGGUGAAGAAUAUGAACUGAAGCCUUACAGCAAGAAGGCGGAACGGAAAUCCAGAAGGACGAAGAAGGCUACUGGAAGUGAGGAGGACUACCCUAGCAGCUCAGAGGAAGAGGACAGCGGGAAGAAAGGUGCCGUGAAGAAAUGUAAAGAUGACGGGGACAUAGAGUGUUACAAACAGAGAAUAAGGAGGUGGAAGCGGCAGAGGCUACUGGAAAAGGUGCAGAAGCAAGAAGCACGAGAGGACGACUCAGAAGAGAGCGACGCAGAGUUCGAUGAAGGUUUCAAAAUGCCUGGUUUCCUCUGGAAAAAGCUCUUCAAGUACCAGCAAACGGGCGUCAGGUGGCUAUGGGAGCUGCAUUGCCAGCAAGCAGGAGGAAUUCUGGGAGAUGAGAUGGGCCUGGGCAAGACAAUCCAGUUCAUCGCCUUCCUGGCAGGGCUGAGCUACAGCAAGCUGAGGACGCGAGGCUCAAAUUACAGGUACGAAGGCCUGGGCCCCACAGUCAUCGUGUGCCCAGCCACAGUCAUGCACCAGUGGGUCAAGGAGUUCCACACCUGGUGGCCGCCUUUUCGUGUGGCUGUGCUCCAUGAAACGGGCUCCUUUACCAGCAGGAAGGAGAAACUGAUUCCGGAGAUUGUGGAGAGUCAUGGUAUCCUCAUCACCUCCUACUCGUAUGUGCGUAUCAUGCAGGACUACAUCCAGAAGUACGACUGGCAUUACAUUAUUUUGGAUGAGGGACACAAGAUUCGCAACCCUCAUGCUGGAGUUACAGUGGCCUGUAAAAUGUUCCGCACGCCCCAUCGCAUCAUCCUCUCCGGCUCCCCGAUGCAGAACAACCUGAAAGAGCUCUGGUCUCUGUUUGACUUUGUCUUCCCUGGCAAGUUGGGCACGCUGCCCACCUUCAUGGAACAGUUCUCUGUGCCCAUCACGAUGGGAGGCUACGCCAAUGCGUCACCUGUUCAGGUCCAGACAGCCUACAAGUGUGCUUGUGUUUUACGAGACACCAUUAACCCCUACCUGCUUCGGAGGAUGAAAGCUGAUGUGAAAACCAACCUUUCUCUACCAGACAAGAAUGAGCAGGUUCUGUUUUGCCGAUUGACUGAGGAGCAGCGAAAAAUCUAUCAGAACUUUAUCGACUCCAAAGAAGUAUAUCAGAUCCUGAAUAGGGAAAUGCAGGUGUUCUCUGGGCUGAUUGCGUUGAGGAAGAUUUGCAACCACCCAGAUCUGUUCUCUGGAGGGCCCCGGAUCUUGCGGGGUGUUCCUGAAGACCAGUUGACUAAAGAGGAGCACUUUGGUUACUGGCGUCGUUCCGGCAAGCUGAUCGUGGUGGAGUCACUUCUCCGACUGUGGUACAAGCAGGGCCACAGAGUGCUACUCUUCACCCAGUCAAGACAGAUGCUGGAAAUCCUGGAGGUAUUUGUGAGGGAAAAUGGAUACACAUAUCUGAAAAUGGACGGCACCACCACCAUAGCCUCCAGACAACCGCUUAUUGCACAGUACAAUGAGGACGAGUCAAUCUUCCUCUUCCUGCUGACUACUAGAGUUGGUGGUCUUGGUGUUAAUUUGACUGGCGCAAACCGCGUCAUUAUCUAUGACCCAGACUGGAACCCCAGCACAGACACUCAGGCUCGUGAGCGUGCAUGGAGAAUUGGCCAGAAACAGCAGGUGACCGUGUACAGGCUGCUCACUGCUGGGACAAUUGAAGAGAAGAUUUACCACAGACAAAUCUUCAAGCAGUUCCUCACAAAUCGAGUACUUAAAGACCCCAAACAACGUCGAUUUUUCAAGUCCAAUGACAUUUACGAGCUCUUCACGCUGAGCAAUCCUGACAGCUCCCAGGGAACUGAAACCAGUGCAAUAUUUGCAGGUACUGGUUCUGAUGUGCAAGUGCCCAAGAAGCCAAAAAAAGUGAAAUUGCCAAGUUCUCCUGAAAAAAGACACAGCCAGCUGAAUGGAAUCACAAAACUAAAAGACCUUUCCCAAGAUCCACUACAAAGAAACUCUCUCCAUUUAAAUUUGACAUCCUCAUCACUAACUGAUAAAAUAAACAGUCCACAGUCCACAAAUGGGUUCACUGGACCUAAUGACACCGAUGGCUGUAACCAAGAUGACGGGAGUCCCACAAACGGGGCUUCUAAAUGCACAUUAUACUGCGAGGUGAAGGCAAGGCCAGCUGAUGGAAUAGGGCACAGUCCUCAGAAACAGAAAGAAAAGACUAAACAUUGUGAUCCAGAAGAUACUUCAGUGCCAUUGAAACACAAGCACCAUAGGGAUGCCCGAUUUGAAGGGCAUCGCAUCUCGCACCUGGUAAAGAAGAGGAGAUACAAGAGGGUUGGUGGUGAUGAGAAAGACAAAGAAGACCAGAAUAAAAGUGAAGACUAUGUCCUUGCCAAACUGUUUAAGAAGUCAGGUAUUCAUAGUGUGAUGAAGCAUGAUUCCAUCAUGGAGGCAUCCAACCCAGACUAUGUGCUUGUUGAGGCAGAGGCUGACCGCGUAGCUAAAGAUGCCCUGCGGGUCCUGAAGUUGUCUCGCCAGCACUGCAGGAUCCCCUUCUCACGAGUGCCCACUGAAAACGACUGUGGGACACCACUGGGAACCCCUGGAACUUUCAAGAGAAGGUUUGGUCAAAAGAAGAACCCAGUGUUAGCAGAGACUAGCACUUCUGCUGCACAUGGAUCGGACAAAUGCAAGGAUGCUGCUAUAAUAAAGAAGUCUGCUCUUAAAAAACCAACAUCCUCCAACCACUUCAGUGGAGAAGGGUUGGAUGAAGACUCUGGUUCUGCUGCCCUCUCCUCUUCUGUUCUGUUAGCCAAGAUGAAGGCCAGGAACCACCUGAGCUUAUCCCAGAGCCUGGAGGAGGAAGACCAAGAUGAAGGCAGCAGCCUGCAAUCGACAGGGGGCACAGAUUUCCCCCGUGCCUCUACAGAACACGAUGAGCUACUGGUGGACCUUCGGAACUUUGUGGCCUUCCAGGCCCAGGUGAAUGGGCAGGCUAGCACUGAGGAGAUCCUACAACACUUUGGCCCCAGGCUAUCUGCCUCUCAGACAGCAGUCUUCAGAGAGCUUAUCAGGAACCUGUGUGACUUCCACCGUACCCCAGGCCAAGAGGGGAUGUGGAGGCUCAAAGCUGACUUCCACUAAAUGGAGGCAAUACAUGCCAUUGUGUACAUUUGGUGCUUUUUAAGUUCAGGGGCAUCAGGGGUUAUACUGUAUAUGUCCUGGGAUCUACUUGAAGUCAGUCAUUACAGUUGUUCAUAUAGCUCUUCAUCCCUUCAGCGGGAUAGCAUGUUUACCAUCUCCAAAAUGAUUUUGCAAAUUAUAUAUACUCCUAAUUGUACUGUAAAAUAAGGAAUUAUUAGUUUAACUGCUGGUUAUGAAUGUAACCAGAAUUAUUCCAUAGGCUAAAAAUGUCACUAUUUUAAAAUUAGUGGAUGUGCUAGUCUGUGAAAAAAAUAUUUUAUAGCUGGCAUUUGUCUAGAGUGUAAAGAUCUAGAAAAAUGUGCAACUGCAAUCCUGAGGCAUUCUGAAAGCUGAAAAUGGGAACUGAUGAUUCUACCUCUUAAUCUACCUCCAUUACAUGGGAUCUAAAGUGUAACUGUGACUAUAAUGUAUGAACCUGUUCGCCAAUCCUAUGAACAAAUUGCAGCUUACAGAAGUACUAAAAUAAACUUCAAAUUUCUUGGUUAAAUACACAGUCAAUGGACUGUA